UGCAGCAAUUGUGCACGUCAUUUUUCACAUGUCAGAAUGGCUGCCAGGAAGACCAUCCGCCGCGCUGUACAGCACGAGAUCGCGAAGCGCAAGGGCUCGCGCUUUAUUUCAGCUGCAUGGCCGCUGUCAGGAGGUGGCGACGCAGCUUCGGAGUUGAUAAAACAGUACAUUGAGACCCAGCGUGGGAAGUUUCCGUCCGCAAACCACCAUUGCUACGCCUACACGACAAUGGACGGUCGUGAGCUGUGCUCGGACGACGGAGAGCCACAUGGCACCGCUGGGAGACCCAUUUUGGCUUCGUUACAGCGUGCGCAAUUGGUGGACGUCUGUGUCGUAGUGACGAGGGUUUUCGGCGGCGUGAAGCUCGGGCCUGGAGGCCUGAUCCGAGCAUACGGAGCUGCAGCGCAGGAGGUGAUCGAGCAGGCGGAGAUCGUUGACAAGGUGCCGACCAAGUUGCUGUAUGUGAAGACAAACUUCUCAUACGUUGAUGUGGUCAAACGGGCGUGCGAAAACUUCACGGCCGAGUUUAUAUCACAGGAAUACGCAAAAAACGCGACGUUCACAGUUAGUGUCCCCGUACUCAACAGUGACGAGUUUGUCGCCUUCAUUCGAACGAAAUCGUCCGGACAAGUUGAGGUGGAAGAGCUGUAA